UUAUGUAUAAAUAUCAAAAUCGCUAUGUAGCAUCUAGUUAUUGAAAAUGGCGGGAGGUGUUUAGAAAUCCAUCCACUCACUUCUCCUUUGUCCAGUCUUGGCGUUUCAUUGGUAGCUUGCCCUCCUAUCACAAAAUCACUUUCUGAAGUCACCUAUCAGCAAAUUUCCUGAUGCAGGAUUUCUGUGUCUUUUAUGACAACAAAUCAAAAUGGUGCAAACUUCUGCAACUGAAGCUACCCAAGCAUUGAACAGUUUUUGGCCAAAAGUUGCUGAAGAUAUCAAAAUUCUGAAUAAUAAUGAUUUCAAGCAACAAGAACUACCACUGGCCAGAAUCAAGAAGAUAAUGAAAUUGGAUGAUGAUGUUAAAAUGAUAAGUGCAGAAGCCCCAGUUCUCUUCUCAAAGGCAGCUGAACUCUUCAUCACAGAGUUAACACUACGUGCUUGGAUUCAUACAGAAGACAACAAGAGAAGAACACUUCAGAGAAAUGACAUUGCUAUGGCCAUUUCCAAAUAUGACCAGUUUGACUUCCUUAUUGAUAUUGUUCCUAGAGAUGAAUUAAAACCCCAAAAGGCACGUGAGGAGACUCCUUCUAGACCUGCAUCCAACAUUCCUGACCAGGUUCAAUAUUAUCUUCAGCUUGCCCAGCAAAAUCAACAAGCACUACAGCAAUCCACCCAACAGCCACAGUCUGCAUCUUUGGGUGGUAGUCAGCAACAAACUAUUCAAAUUGUUCAAGGUGGAGGUCAAAUUCAAACUAUAAGUGUCAUGCCAGCAACACAGUUGGUUCAAACAACUCCACAGGCAGCAGCUGCUGCAAAUCCCAUAUCCAUUACAAAUUCUCCUAGUGCUCCACAGCAACCUGCUCCACAGUUAGCACUUCAGGGAUUAAAUAUUCAGCAACAUCAACAACAGCAACAUCAGCAGCAACAACAGCAGCAACAACAACAACAACAACAGCAACAACAGCAACAACAACAGCAGCAGCAGCAACAACAGCAAACACAGCAGCAACAACUUGGAGGAAUCCAAAUUGUGCAGCAAAUUGUUGGUCCCAAUGGGGAAAUUCAGCAGAUUCCUCUUCAGUUGUCCGCGCAGCAACUACAAAUGAUUCGAAUGCAACUUGGAGCGGCAGGAAAUGGGCAACAAAUCGUUUUGCAAGCUGCAGCCCCACAGCAGGGUCAACAGGAGUAGUAUUAUUAGUGAAAAGUUUUGGAACAUUGCUUUUAUAAAGUUUGAUUUCUGAAUGGUUUUGUACAAAUUAAUGGAUUGAGCAUCAUUCAGGAUGUGUUAGAAAUGGGAAAUACAUGUUUUGAAGGCCAA